GCUAUAGGCUUUUGUAGCAUACAUUAAAGUGUCCAUUAGACAUUUGUUUUUGGAUAAAAAAAAAGUGCUUUUAAUAUUAGACAGACUAGUGUCGUACUAGAAUAAAGAAUGUAAUAAAAAUAGAGGGAGAAUCGUAAAAGAAACCCACUUAUGGCAUGCCAUGUGUCAAAACAUAACAAGCGAAGUAUGUUUAUAUAGUAAGAAAACCCUUUUACCCUAAAUAUCCCAAAUUGUCAUAUGUUCUUUCCUUAUGUAGCUCUCUCUGCUCUUUCUCUUUCCUUUUUCUCUUUCGAUCAACAAAACCACAUCUCUGAACUGAACCAUUUUUCUUCUCCUCUUCCGGUUAUCGGAUUACCAGAUCUCGUUUCCCGCGAUCUGAUUUAUUCUUAGGUUUUUGACAAAAGCAGGAGCAGGAGAAGAAAAUGGGAAGGGGAAAGAUCGCGAUUAAGAGGAUCAAUAACUCUACGAGCCGUCAGGUUACGUUCUCCAAGCGAAGGAAUGGAUUGUUGAAGAAAGCUAAGGAGCUUGCGAUUCUCUGCGAUGCUGAGGUUGGUGUUAUCAUCUUCUCUAGCACCGGUAGGCUCUACGAAUUCUCCAGCUCCAGCAUGAAAUCGGUCAUAGAGAGAUACAGCGAUGCCAAAGGGGAAACCAGUUCAGAAAAUGAUCCCGCUUCAGAAAUUCAGUUCUGGCAAAAGGAGGCUGCGAUUCUAAAGCGACAGCUACAUAACUUGCAAGAAAACCACCGGCAAAUGAUGGGGGAGGAGCUCUCUGGACUAAGUGUAGAAGCUUUACAGAAUUUGGAAAAUCAGCUUGAAUUGAGCCUUCGUGGGGUUCGAAUGAAAAAGGAUCAAAUGUUAAUCGAAGAAAUACAAGUACUCAACCGAGAGGGGAAUCUCGUGCACCAAGAGAAUUUAGACCUCCACAAGAAAGUAAACCUAAUGCACCAACAGAACAAGGAACUACAUGAAAAGGUUUCAGAGGUUGAGGGUGUGAAAAUCACAAACAAGAAUUCUCUUCUCACAAAUGGUCUAGACAUGAGAGAUAACUCAAGCGAACAUGUCCAUCUUCAGCUCAGCCAACCGCAGCAUGAUGAGACGCAUGCAAAAGCUAUCCAACUCAACUAUUUUUCCUUCAUUGCAUGAUGAUAUAUUCGGUGUGCCGACACACUUAUGUUGACCUCAUCGGAAUCAUAUCUCAAUUAACUGUAUCAGUUUGCAAUCCCUUUCUAUCAAACACCAGCUUUGAACCUUUUUAAACGUUCUUCUCUCUGCAAAGAACCUUGGUUUGGCGUUUAAGCAUGUACUUUGCAGGAUAAAGGAAUGUAGUGUUUUAACAUAAAGUUUGUCUGUGUUAUUCAAGAGGACUAAUACUUUCCUUGAUUUGUGACUUGUGAUGAUAUGGUAAAGCAAAUUGUUUUUUUUUUUUUU